GGAAAAAUUUCGCUAACAUGAAAAGUGCUUCGAUAUUGAAAUCAUCGCGAUCUCUGGAUGACUUGGGUGAUAAAAAAGCGUUUGAUGUUAAAAUAGGAUACAACCAACGGAAAAAGAUACCCCCUUUGGGAACUUCGGAUCCAGCCCCAAAAGCCUUAUUUGUGACCAUGUACAGAAAUGGAGACCAGUAUUUUCCUGGUAUUAAAGUGAGCAUAAGGCCAGGCAAAGACAUGAUGAAUAUGGCUGGUUUUUGUGAUUACCUCAGCCAACGCCUGGCUAUUCCUCAAGGCGUGAGAUACAUUUUUGAUUUAAAUGGGAAAAUUAUAAAUGAUUUACAGCAAGUGAAGGACGGUGACUCGUAUGUAGCAUCAGGUGUCAAAACAUUCAAAGAUGAAUCUUAUGGAAGAUUAGCUGUGUUACGUACUAGUAUGAGACCUAACGCUGCACCAAUGCGCCCAGAUGAUAUGCUGUUAUAUAGACAACCUCAUCAUCCAACUCCAGAAGGAAUAUCUUUGCCUGGAUCUAGAGAGAGCUGCGUAGUUACUGUUGUGAAUAAGAAAGAACCAGCCAGAAGAAGUCGCGUUCUCCUCAACUUAAAAACGAGACAAAGUUGGGAGGAUGUUCUUAAAGAUAUGGGACAAUCAAUCGGGAUGAGAAAAGCAUCUCGACUACUCACACCCUGGGGGGCAGAAGUGAGAAGUUUUUCGCAUCUAAAGAAUGAUUUUGGGGACGUUGAAACGUUUUAUUUGGAUUCCGCUUCUGGAAGAAGAGGAAUUCCUCGAAGAGCUAAUAGCGAUUCAAAUUUGAAAACGUCAUCUCUGGACAGUACAUUAAGGAUUGAAAUUCCCGGAGGCUCAAAACGGCGAUGGUCACCCGAGUGAGUUCUAAUAACUGAAAAGGAUUCAACAAUUGCCAAAAAGAAAUCCGUAAUGAAGCGGUCCAUAAGUCAACAAGUCGAACCUGCCGUGUCAAGCUUCGGGAGGUUGGAAUAGUUUGGACACAAGAAACCGUUUAUUGUGGCUUUCCAUGCUAAUGAUUAGAAAUAAAGCAUGCCAACUGUCAUU